UUUUUUGUUUUUUCCUAUUCCGGCUUCCUCCAUCCUGUCCGAGCAGACAGAAGGGAAACAUAUGACUCGUUUGCGGCGUUGAGGCUGAAACCUGCCGACUUAAACCUUGUGAGGGCUCAUUCAGAAAACUAAACCCCCCCCUUGAAGAAAGUUUAAAAGAUGCAGUGAUGACGUCAACCUCCGCAGAGAGACUCCACCUCCACUAAAGCAGCUCUGCUCCGAUGACCCGCUUCCUCUGAGUCCACCUUCUGUUGACCAGCGGGUAGGGCCGGCCUUGCUCAGGGCGGGGGGGGGGGGGGGGGGAAGCAGUGGUGGCGGUGGGGGAUAUGGACAGCCGAUGCAGCAGCAGCGCCGAUUCGCGGCUGACCGGCAGGGGGGGGUGUUCUAUCAACACCACGCCCGUCUCCACACGGAUGGAGUCGUACGAAGCCGGAGAGAAGAAAAGUAUCUCAGACGUGAGGAGGACCUUCUGCCUCUUCGUGACCUUUGACCUCUUGUUCAUCACCUUGCUCUGGAUCAUAGAGCUCAAUGUGAAUGGUGGCAUUCAGCAGCAGCUGGUUAAAGAAGUCCUGCAGUACGACUACCACGCUUCCUUCUUCGACAUCUUUCUGCUGGCAGUUUUUAGGUUUGCCGCGCUCAUCCUGGCCUACGCCGUCUGUAAGCUCCGUCACUGGUGGGCCAUCGCGAUCACCACUGCAGUCAGCUGCGCUUUCUUGAUUGUUAAAGUCAUUUUAUCAAAGCUGCUGUCCCAGGGGGCCUUUGGGUACCUGCUGCCCAUCAUCUCCUUCGUGUUGGCCUGGAUAGAAACAUGGCUGCUGGACUUCAAGGUCCUGCCUCAGGAGGCCGAAGACGAAAACAGAUAUCAGUGCAUCAUGGACGCCACCGAGCGAGCUCCUCUCAUGUGUCAGGGUCCGUUAUCUGACGGGCAGUUCUACUCUCCACCAGAGUCUGUGGCAGACUCUGACGAGGAGCUGGAUGAUAAACAUGAUCCAGAGAAAGCGCUCAUUGAGGUGACCUAGCAGGGUCUCCGCUUCUGAAGGUGUGCUACCGAGAGAAACUUCUGCCUUACACAUUCUGCCAUGUUCCUUUUUAUUUGCCUCAAAGAAGUGUUUGUAUAUUCAUACCCACGAAUGCACCCGUGUCUCUGAUAUCAGCCGUCUGCAUGUGCACCUGGGAGAAGAAGUGCCGCUUAUAAAGCCUGUAAUAACUUCUUCCCUCACAUUUAAUGUACUCUGGUGCUUCAAGGACAAUUCAUACACACAAUUGCACAUGAGAUUUAAAUGGAAAUAUAAUCAGUUUCAGUAUCAGACCAUAAUUCAACAGUUUUCUUCUCUAAUGUAUUAAUGUCAUACUUCCAAAAAUCAUAUUUGCUUUAAUGUGUUUCACAUGUUCGGUUUGAAGCGACUGUGAAGGAGAAUAAGCUCCGCAGACUCUGCAGACAGAAGGAUUUGUUCAGUGUUGAGCUUUUGGGAUCUUGUUUGUAGCAAAUGAGAUUUGACUUAGAAACUAAAAUGAGCCAAAACUGUGCAGCACGUAAACGUGAAGGACGGCCGCUCGUAGAACGCUGCUACUGGACAGUCGAUGCUCCGUGUGAGAUGUAGAUAUCUUCAUGCAUGCCUUGCAAGCCGAGUGAUUUUGUUUUUAUGGAAAGGUUGUCUGGAAAAUAUCAUUAAAAUUAAAAUGUGAAAACUUGUGCACUUUAUUAUAUAUAUAUUAUAUAUAUAUUAUAUAUAUAUUGUUUCUUCAUGUUUUAAAAGCAUCACAACUUAAAGUACUCAUUAAUAUAUUAUUUAAUCAUGUGUUCAUCACUAACAUUUAAUGUCAGCUGGAGCUCAUUAUAUACCGAUUUAAUACAGAAUAUAUUAUGAAUUUCUAUAUUUUAUUAUAGUAUAUUUUAUAACAUACAAUACUAUCACGUAAUUAUUUUAAUAUUAGUGAUUCUUAGUUACUAUAAAUAACGAGGCUUCCUCACUUUGAAUAAACACAAACAGCAGAUUCUGUAAUACCGUUUUAUUAUUUCACAUCUUUGACAGCAGUCGAGUAUCCAAGGCGUCUGAACAGUGUGUGCACGUGCACGUGCGUGUGCACGUGCGUGUGCACGUCAGCGAAGCCUUUCAGUCAAGUCUUUUUGAAAUAAAUACAACACUGAUUUUAUUUUUAUUAAAGAAAGUCAACAGAAUAUUCUAACCUACACCUGCCUGAAGGAGCUCAAACAGACUGUCGCCACAUCACUACACGAAACUACUGCACGACACGAGGAGGGAAGCGACUCCUUCGUCCCGAAGAAGAGGAGGAGGAUUGAAGAGGAGCGACGCAGGAAAGUCCCGCGCUGGUGUCCACACGUCACCGAGUCAGAAACGAGAGGAUGAAAUACUGAGACCACCUGCAUGAAGCGUUUUAUUCAGGAGACUUUAAAAGCUCUUUAAACAAAUGAUGUAUUUAAUAAAACAAAUAAAGGUUUUUGUUUA